UUUAUGAUUUUAAUAAUAUUUUCCACAGUCAUGGCCUGUUUCACUCUUCCACCCUGGAAUUUCUUUUGAAAAUAGUUUCCCUUUGGCAUUAGCAGUUCUUUUGGUUGUGGUGUUGUAGUUUGUUGGUUAUCACUGAAACUAUAUCACAUCCAUGUGAUCGGAGGCCACUAUUGAUUCACCGCAAAACUCAGACGUUGAGUAUGAAAUGGCUCUAGAACCCGUGAUUUCUGCCAUAAAAUCUGUUUCCCAAAAGAUCCAGUUGCUCCAAAUCCACGCUCACAUUAUACGCACAAACCUCAUUCAAUACCCCCCAGUUUCUAUUCAGUUCUUGUCCCGUAUAGCUCUCUCUGGUCCAUUGCAAGAUGCCAACUAUUCCCACCGUUUUUUUGAGCAACUCACCCACCCCUUGAUUUUUCAUUACAACACCAUGAUCAGAGCCUGUUCCACGAGUGAUUCCCCGCGAAAGGGUCUCCUUUUAUAUCGAGAUAUGAGAAGAAGAGGCAUUGCCGCAGACCCUUUAUCGGCUUCCUUUGCUGUUAAGUCUUGUAUUAGGCUUCUGUAUCUUCUUGGAGGGAUCCAGGUUCAUUGCAACAUAUUCAAAGAUGGGCACCAAUGGGAUACCCUUUUGCUCACCGCUGUCAUGGACCUGUAUUCGCAAUGCCAAAGCGGUGGUGAUGCGUGCAAGGUGUUCGAUGAGAUGCCUCAAAGGGACACUGUUGCUUGGAAUGUGAUGAUCUCUUGCUGUGUUCGAAAUAAUAGGACUCGGGACGCUUUGAGUUUGUUUGAUGUUAUGCAGGGUUCGAGCGAUAAAUGUGAGCCUGAUGAUGUUUCUUGUUUGCUUCUUCUUCAGGCUUGUGCUCAUUUGAAUGCCUUGGAAUUUGGUGAACGAAUUCAUGGCUAUAUAAUAGAGCGUGGUUAUGGUGAUGCUCCCAAUUUAUCAAAUGCACUCAUCUCUAUGUAUUCACGUUGUGGUUGUCUAGAGAAGGCUUAUGAGAUUUUUAAGAGAACAGGAAAUAAAAGUGUGGUUUCGUGGAGUGCUAUGAUCUCUGGUUUGGCAAUGAAUGGAUAUGGAAGGGAAGCUAUUGAGGCAUUUGAAGAGAUGCUGAGAAUUGGCAUUCAGCCGGAUGAUCAGACAUUCACGGGUGUCCUUUCUGCUUGCAGUCAUUCUGGAAUGGUUGAUGAGGGAAUGUCAGUUUUUGACCGUAUGAACACAGAGUUUGGAAUAACUCCCAACGUUCAUCACUAUGGGUGCAUGGUUGAUCUCUUGGGCCGUGUUGGCCUGCUUGAUAAGGCUUAUCAGCUUAUUAUGUCAAUGGUAGUGAAGCCAGAUUCCAAAAUAUGGAGGACUUUGCUUGGGGCUUGUAGGAUUCAUGGCCAUGUUACACUUGGUGAACAAGUAAUUGGGCAUUUGAUUGAAUUGAAAGCUCAAGAAGCUGGGGAUUACGUUUUACUUUUGAAUAUUUAUUCUUCAGCUGGACACUGGGAAAAGGUAGCAGAAGUGAGGAAAUUGAUGAAAGAUAAAGCAAUCCGAACAACCCCAGGUUGCAGCACAAUCGAAUUGAAAGGAGUAGUACACGAGUUUGUUGUGGACGACAUUUCACAUUCAAAAAAUCGUUUGAUUUAUGAGAAGCUAGAUGAGAUUAAUCAUCAGCUGAGGAUUGCAGGUUAUGUUGUUGAACUUUCAUCUGAGUUACAUAAGAUGAAUGACAAAGAAAAGGGGUAUGUGCUCUCACAUCACAGUGAAAAAUUGGCUGUUGCUUUCGGGGUUCUUGCAACUCCACCUGGCACAACACUAAGAGUGGCCAGUAAUAUCCGUAUAUGUGUUGACUGCCACAAUUUUCUAAAACUUUUUUCUGGGGUUUACAACCGUGAUGUAUUUCUUAGGGACCAUAAUCGAUUUCACCACUUUAGGGGAGGGCACUGCUCAUGUAACGAUUAUUGGUAGGGAAAUUAUUUGCAGAUUAUAAAUGUGUCAUGUCGAGCGCCGAGUGUUACUGUACUGAAAUUAUUCCCAAGGGAAACUAAAUGUAGAAUUGCUAAUUUUA